AUGGCCGCUUCACCAUUUUCAAUUGAUCUCGCACCGGUGACGCCACCACCAAUGUGCCCAGAGCUCGAUAAAAACGAAAUCUGCUCUUCUCAAUGUGGUAUUGAGUUGAAUGAAUGCAAAGACAAUUGCUACCAUGCGGAUUACUCUUGUCCAUCUCGUUGUGAUGCAGCUUUUCUUGACUGUAAAUACGCAUGUCCUUGUGAGGGUGGCUGUCCGAAUGGAUGUUCCGGCUGUGGGAAUCCAGUUUGCCAGGCGGACGAAUAUCUUUUAAUUCUCAAUGAAUGGAAAGCAUUUGAGAACAUCGGAUAUCUCGUGAAUCUGUCCACCGAUGAAAUCAGCUUCAGUUCAAUCGACUAUCACGGAAUCGACAUCGACGAUACUUGCUACGCUUUCAUGAAGGGCCAGCACUAUAUCAUCGGUGGCUAUUUGCGACCCCAUAUGAUCCUUACUUUGGAAGUUGACAAAUGCGAACUAACAGAGCAAGGGAAUCUCGAAAUUCAGCAUAUUGACGGAAUGUGGGGAGCAUGUGCUGUAUACAAUGAUGUUGCGCAUCUGUGCUUUGAUGAAGAAGGUGUCGACAUGUUUGGUUGUCAGACUUUCGACGGUAUCAAUCAGAAUGUCAUCGAUGCCCGUACUCAGUAUGCUCACGAUUGGUCUUCCAUGGCCGUCUACAACAACGAAAUGUGGGUUGUUGGUGGAUGCGACAGUUACAGUAACGGCGGUUGCCAUAAUCACGUGGAGAGCUUCGAUGGUUCUUCGUGGAGUCUUUCAGCUGCUCACCCAGAUAGCGAGCUGGUUGGACAUCUUGUGCUUGAUUCGAAACAUAAAAAGACACUUUCUGACAUCGGAGAAUACUUCAACCGAUGGGCAGUCCAAAAAUUUGAUGGAUUCACAUGGACUAUGAUUGGAGAGCUUUCAGAAUCUCAUGCAGCAUCAUACACGAUUAACUCUGGCAAGAUCAUUAACGGCUAUGCUUACAUGGGUGAAAACGAAUUGGACAAAGUAAGAUUGGAUGAAAACAACUAUUCCGCAACAAAUCUUGGAUACGAUCCCGUUGGUGACGACUUCUGGCUUUACUAUUCUCCAAUGCUACUUGUUGAUGGUCCAGUCUGCUCAUAA